UAAAACAAGAAUUAAAAAUACCGGUGAAAGGUGGAAGAUGAAGCAGUGUGCGUUCCAACAAAACUCGAUCGGAAGCAGGCGUGAGGAGAUGCGAAGCUCCUUUCCGAUGUCAGUUAUGGUUACAGAUCGGGGAGAGACCAUGGUCUGCCCGAAACCACGUCGUUUAGGUUUCUUAAACUCCUUAAACGACCACCCUGUUAGGUCCCUUAGUUGGCAACUUAGUCAUCAAGGGGAGCUUUGUGAUUCAAAACCUGGGAGUGAUGUUUUUGAUAUGAUUCUUACAAAGGGUGGUUGUGGAGCGGAAGAAAGUUGUGCAAAUGUAGCGCAGCCGCCCCCAUUUUUUUGUGGGUCGCCGCCGUGCAGAGCAGCUAACCCAUUAAUACAGGAUGCUCAAUUUGGGGAUGAGAAGACCACCACCCCAUUUCCGCUACUAUCUCCGAUCCCGCCUCCUUCUGGAUUGUCGUCGUCGUCUCCAUCCGGGCCAAGGAAAGGGAGCUGUGUUCGGGCAAAUUUUGGUAACAAACCAGCUGUUAGAGUUGAGGGGUUCGACUUCCUUGACAGGGAUAGCCGGAAUUGCAGCAUCCCUGCACUGGCUUAGAACCCAUUCCAAUCCACAAAAGGAGUAAAUAGGUAACAAGGAAGAGGAGCUUUUACAAAAUACCAGAUUUAAAACCGUGGAAUUUUGAAGUCAUCGGUGAAAAGGAAUCCUUUAAUGUGUAUAUUUUUUAAGGGGUUCUUUGUAUGUACUGAAAUUUAAGUAAAUGAGUUUCUUGAACAAAAUAAGAACAUAGCUGUUAUUUAGAUGUUUAGGAAUAGGAAGCAUCUCGCAAGAUGGAAGAUGGUUGUGUCGAUAGCCAUAUCGUGCUGUUCUUUGUAAUUAAAGUGUGUCGAGUUGGGAAGUAGAAAUUUGCAUAUUAGUGCUGAGUUUCUGAUCUCCCAAUAUGGAUAGAAAAUUGUACAAAAAUCAAGCUGGUAACCGAGUCAUUUAAUUAGACAUUCGGCAAUGUUUAUAAUCC